UAUGUAUAUGUAGUAGCAUGUGGUGAGGCCGACAGAUGCACUUCGAUGCCCCCUCGUCCUGAUGCAACUUUCCUCUCACCUUUCCCUCUGCGUACCUCGUAGACAACAAUCCUCUCUCUCUGUUGCCGUGGCCUCGCCUAUCCUCCUCAUCCACCAUGGCAGUCAAUUCACCCAUUUUCCUGAGGAUCCCUCCAGAGAUCCGCAUGAUGAUAUACGAGCAUCUUUUGGCGACCAACGAGCACAAUGCAAUUGCCAUCCGCAAUUUUCCUGAGGACAAAAAGGGCGACUAUGUGAAGCAGAAAUGCAGAACCAAAUACAACAUUGUCGACCGGACAUUCGCCCGUCGCUCAUACCAGACCACCUACUAUCGGGCAUCAAAGGCCGAGCUGGCGCCAGCCAUUCUCGCCGUGAACCGCCAGAUCAGAGAAGAGGCCUCGUGCUACCUGUACGGGAAGAACAUGUUCACAUUCGGACAUGAUCUCGAGGCUCUUGUGCCAUUCAUGGAGGAUCGCACCACAUCGACUCGGGAGCUUGUCAGGGAGAUCUCGCUGCAAAAGAAGGCCUGCGGCGGCGGCGACGUGGAAGCCGACUCGUACGCCUGGACGGGCGUUUGCCGCUACAUGAAGAGCAUGGACAGUCUCAAGAAACUUCGCGUCGUCGUUCAGGCGGGGCUGCCCACCGCCGAAUGGGAGGGACCUCGGCAGCUGAGCGUCUCUGACUUGAGGUUGUUGUAUGCAACCAAGCAUCAGAGUCUAGAAUGGGUCAGAGAAUUGGCGCAGAUCGGUGACGUCGAGUCAGUCGAGAUCGUGGCAGACAUGUCGCCCACGGCGAAGCCCGACGACAGCGCGUCCCUCAUCUCGGCUGCGUUUUCCAAUUCAAUCGAGACGUCUCUGAUUGAGUUUAUGAGGGCAGACUUGGGGGUGCCUGCGGUGAGCCCCGCAAUGGAAGCAGCCUGAGUUGCAGCUUGGAGCUCAGGGUUGGUUUUGUGUCUUCUUGUUUCCUGAGCGCUGGUGUUUGGUGUUUUAGGGUAGGCGGGACAUUUUCUGCACUGGAUAGACAUUCUGCUUGAGCUAGACAUUAGAUUCUGGGUACCUUACUAUAGACUUAUGAGACAUGUUUCGAUGA